GCGAGAGGGUGUUCUCGCGAGGCUUCGGUGCUGCGGCGGUCGGAGGAGGACGGGGAAGGACCGGAGUAGUGCCGCUGCUGCUGCCACUGCCACUGCCACCGCCUCCUCGCACUCGAGCUCCUGCGCGCGCACCCUCCCUCCUUCGCGCCCUCCCUCCUUCCCUCCCUCCUUCCCUCCCUCCCUUCCUUCCCCCUCCCCCUCCCCGCCCUCCCCAUUCGCCGCUGUGUCUCCGGCCAGAGAGGAUGUCGGCCUCGCCGCUCCCCAGCUCCCUGGUCCUCUCUCUGCUGCUGGUCACCGGCUCCCUGCUCCCGGGGCCCGGCGCCGCUCAGAACGCUGGGUUUGUCAAGUCGCCCAUGUCAGAAACUAAACUCACGGGGGACGCCUUUGAGCUGUACUGUGACGUGGUUGGGAGCCCCACUCCAGAGAUCCAGUGGUGGUACGCAGAAGUCAACCAGCCAGAGUCUUUCAGACAGCUGUGGGACGGUGCUCGGAAGCGCCGUGUCACCGUAAACACCGCCUACGGGUCAAACGGCGUGAGUGUGCUGAGAAUAACCGGCCUCACCUUGGAGGACUCUGGGACUUACGAGUGCAGGGCCAGCAACGACCCAAGGAGGAAUGACUUGAGGCAAAAUCCCUCCCUAACAUGGAUCCGAGCCCAGGCUACCAUAAGCGUCCUUCAGAAGCCCAGGAUAGUCACCAGUGAGGAAGUCAUCAUUCGAGACAGCCCCGCCCCUCCCUUCACGCUGCAGUGUAACCUCACCUCCAGCUCCCACAGCCUCCAGUACAGCUACUGGACUAAGAAUGGGCUGGAGCUGACGGCCACCCGCAAGAACGUCAGCAACAUGGAAUACAAGGUCAACAAACCCCGAUCGGAGGACUCAGGCGAAUACCACUGUGUGUUUCAGUUUCUCAGUGCCCCAAAAGCAAAUGCCACCAUUGAAGUGAAAGCUCUGCCUGAGAUUACUGGCCACAAAAGAAGUGAGAACAAGAAUGAAGGGCAAGAGGCACUUAUGUACUGCAAGUCAGUUGGAUACCCUUAUCCAGACUGGGUGUGGCGAAAGAAGGAAAAUGGUGUGUUCGUGGACUUAGUCAACACCUCUGGCAGAUUCUUCAUCAUCAACAAGGAAAAUUACACAGAGCUGAACAUCAUUAACCUCCAAAUUACUGAAGAUCCUGGCGAGUAUGAGUGUAAUGCUACCAAUGCCAUAGGCUCAGACUCCUUCGUCACUGUCCUGAGAGUGCGGAGCCACCUGGCCCCACUCUGGCCCUUCCUGGGGAUCUUGGCUGAAAUCAUCAUUCUUGUGGUGAUCAUUGUGAUAUAUGAAAAGAGGAAGAGGCCCGAUGAGGUUCCAGACGAUGACGAACCAGCUGGACCGAUGAAAACCAACUCCACCAACAAUCACAAAGAUAAAAACUUGCGCCAGAGAAACACAAAUUAAGUACUGCUUACAAUAGCUUUAGUUUCCUGAGACUGGUGGCAACAUGACCUGCUAAAUUUUAUGCCUGGACCUCUUUGGUUCCAUAACUCCAGCUGUAUUUGAUUUUUUUUUUCUUUUUCUCUCCUGAUUUUUCAAGUGAGCAACAAUAUGACGACUGUCUAAAGCAUGCCUUAUUUAGCCUCUCCUAUAAGGAUGACCUAGCCAGACACAUUUUAGACAAUGCUUCAGUGUAGAAGGUGUAAACUAUUUGGGGCUUGAUGUGCUGUGAAUGUUGCAUUUUUUCCUUUGUGAAAAUAUUUAAAUAGAAGUAAGAAAGGUCCUGUGAGGAUCAGCUCAUGCAUGCGCCAUCUUUUACUUAAUGCAGCUAUUACAUUGGCAAAGCUCUAAAUUGCACUGCUGCCAUCUAGUGAUACAUUUUUGUAAAGUACAGCAAACCUAAAAAUAUAUACAGUAUAUAUAUUAUAUAUAUUAUAUAUAUUUAUAUUUUUGGGGGUGGGGAAAACCAAAAUACAGUAAACGCUUGAUUCCUUUUUAAGCUGCUGAUAUUCAUUCCUUAUUGUAUGUUGUCAGAUGAGAGAAUUAUACUGUUCUGGUACUUAAAGAGGAGUAAUAUAAACUGAAAUUUAUAAUCUUAAGGGCUUAACCUAAGACUUUAAUGAGAUACUGGGACAGUCUAAUGAGCAGUUAUGAUGAAUUGCAGUAAAUACUACAUAUAUAUGCACAUAUAUGUGUGUAUAAUUGCUUUUUAAGUGAUUUUGUUCUUGUUCAAUCCUGUAAAUUCUUAAAUCCUUUUGCACUGAUGUGUUGAACCAUAUUCUUUGUACAUUUAAUUCAGGCAGACUUUUAUAAUUUACUUUUUUGUUUCCAAUGAUCUUAAAAAGUGUUAUAGCAUGGUAAUAUUCUAUGCAACUAAUUAUGCUUUUCAGUUGGACACUGUAAUUUCCCAUCUUGAUUUAACAGUUGAUUGUAGAAUUACAACCUGACAAGGUUCUCAUUCGGUGCAGAGCUGUCGAUGCAUGAACUUGUGUUCUGUGUAUUUGUUGAAGUGCAAUGAUGUAUUAAAAAAAAAAAAAGUGGAUUCACAUGUUUUUAAAAAUAAAACACUGAUAAAAGAAA